AUGUUAUAAAUUGUGCUUAUACAAUUAGGUGAAAUAUUACAAGACUUAGGAAGAAAUUAAGAUUGUAUUGAAUGUCUUGAAUUUGGUAUCCAAAAUAACCCUACUGAUUAUCAAUUUUAUUUUAGUAAAGCUUAUUAAUUAAAAAGAUUGAAUAGAGUAGAAGAAGAACUUGAAUGUUGGUAACGUGGAAUAGAAAUCUAAAAAGAUUCUUCUAAUUAUUAUGAAGGAAAAUGUAAGCAGAAUAUCAAAACUUUAGUUGAUGUGCUAAUGAGAUUACAUAGAUAUGAAGAAGCUCUCAAAGUAUGGGAUGAUGGAAUUCAGAGUAACAUUCAUAAUGAAAACUUUUACUAUUCAAAAGCUACAGCCUUAGAGACACUGGAAAGAAAUGAAGAAGUACUUCAAUGUUGGGAUCAAGGAAUAUUGAAUAACCCUCAUAAUUUUUCGUUUUAUGAAUAAAAAUUGUAAAUUGAUAUCCAAUAUUAGUAGCAGCUGAAGAAAGCUUGGAGUUCAGAUUAAGAAGGUUCUAAUAAAUUUGAUGAUGAAUCAUGCAAAAAUGAAUAGACUUCCACAAUACCACUAUCAGAAAAUGCAGAAAAAGCUCUUCAUUGUUGGGAUGAAGGAAUAUCAAGAAAUCCUAGUGAUGUGGUGUUUUAUAAUAAAAAAGGUGAAUUACUAAAGAAGUUGGGAAGGAAAAAUGAAGCUGUCGCUUGUCUAAAGUUUGGUUUAGAGAAAAACUAAAAUGAUCCAGAGUUUUAUCUAGCCCUUGCUGAGGAGUUACUAAGUUAAAAAAAUCUAUUUGAAUCAAUGUAUUACGUUGAUUAAGGAAUGAAAAGAUCUGAAAAUUAGAGAUUAAUUACAACUAAAUGGCUAUUGCUAUCAAAAUAGAAAAUGCUAAGAAAAUCAAUAAUAUAUUUUCGUCUAUCAGAAAGCUGGAGCUAUUAAGGGAGAAAACUAAAAUAGAAUUUAUGA